UUUAGAAGAAUUUAAAACAUGGGAAGAACGUGAUGCUGAACGACCAACAGCAUCAGCUGAUAAAGCAUCAAAAUUAAAAUCUACAGUAACAGAAGAAAAAACAGUUACGGAUAGUAGUGGUCGUCCAACUACAUUACCAGGUAAACAACGUUCUAGUCAAGAUUAUGAAUCAACAAGUGGUAAACAACAUCGAUCAGAAUCUGCUACACGUUUACCAACAAUAAAAGAAGGUUUAUUAACACGAAAACAUGAAUGGGAAGGACAUGAACGUAAAGCAACACAUCGUGCAUGGGAAAAAUUGUAUUGUGGUUUAACAAGCAAUCGUUUAUCAUUUUAUAAAGAUGCUAAACAUUUAAAAUCAGGUCGAACAGUUAGUGAUGAUCUUCUUUUUGAUUCAUCAACUAAUGUUUCUCAAGCAACAGAUUAUCGUAAAAGAACAAGUGUAUUUCGUUUAAAACUUCAUGGUGGUAAUGAAUAUUUAUUUCAUGCUAAAGAUGAUAAUGAAAUGAAUGAAUGGAUUUCAUCAAUUAAUAAUUGUAUAUCAUCAUUACCAACAAUGAUUAGCUCAACUACAACACAAAUACCAUCUGUUGCAAUAACAUCACCACCUAUUGGUAUUAGUACGUCAUCGACAAGUUCUCCUAGACAUCAACAACAACAACAACAAGUACCAACAAUGACGACUAGUACAUCAGGUGUUGAAAUGACACAACCAUUAUCAAGUGCAGAACAAAAAUCUCGAACAUUACCAAGUCAAUCUAGUACAUCUGUGGAACCAAGUUCAACUCAACAAGCAACAAGUGGAAAGAAAAAAUCAGGUGGAUUUUUUUCAAUGAAAAGAAAAUGA